UGGACGUUCUUACCGGAAGUGAGUUCUCCCUAACAGGAAGUGAGUUUUCUCUUCGGCUACGUGGAAGUAGCUUCUCUCUUCACCGAGGCUGAGAGCGACACGUCCCCCGCGACACGAUGAUCAAGAAGUUCGACAAGAAGGACGAGGAGUCCGGAAGCGGGUCCAACCCGUUCCAGCACCUGGAGAAGAGCGCUGUGCUGCAGGAGGCGCGUAUCUUCAACGAGACGCCCAUCAACCCGAGGAAAUGCCUCCACAUCCUCACCAAGAUCAUCUACCUCCUCAACCAGGGGGAGCAUUUCGGGACCACAGAGGCCACCGAGGCCUUCUUUGCCAUGACCAGGCUCUUUCAGUCCAAUGAUCAAACCCUGAGGAGGAUGUGCUACCUUACCAUCAAAGAGAUGGCCAACAUCUCCGAGGAUGUCAUCAUUGUCACCAGCAGCCUGACCAAGGACAUGACUGGGAAGGAGGACGUAUACAGAGGACCAGCUAUCAGAGCCCUCUGCAGGAUCACAGAUACCACCAUGCUGCAGGCUAUUGAGAGAUACAUGAAGCAGGCUAUUGUGGACAAGGUGCCCAGUGUGUCCAGUUCUGCUCUGGUGUCGUCACUGCACAUGGUGAAGAUGAGCUAUGACGUGGUGAAGCGAUGGGUGAAUGAAGCCCAGGAAGCUGCUUCUAGUGACAAUAUCAUGGUUCAGUACCAUGCCCUGGGCCUGUUGUACCAUCUCAGGAAGAACGACCGACUUGCCGUCACCAAGAUGCUCAACAAGUUCACCAAGUCUGGUCUCAAGUCUCCCUUCGCGUACUGCAUGCUCAUCCGGAUCGCCAGCAAGCUGCUGGACGAGACCGAGGGGGGUCAUGACAGCCCCCUGUUUGACUUCAUCGAGAGCUGCCUGAGGAACAAGAACGAGAUGGUGGUGUAUGAGGCUGCGUCUGCCAUCGUCCACAUGCCCAACUGCACUGCCAGAGAGCUGGCCCCCGCUGUGUCAGUGCUGCAGCUCUUCUGCAGUUCUCCUAAAGCUGCUUUGAGAUAUGCUGCAGUCAGGACCCUCAACAAGGUGGCGAUGAAGCAUCCCUCAGCCGUCACAGCGUGUAAUCUGGACCUGGAGAACCUGAUCACCGACUCCAACCGUAGCAUCGCCACGCUCGCCAUCACCACUCUGCUCAAGACGGGCAGCGAGAGCAGCGUGGACCGACUCAUGAAGCAGAUCUCCUCGUUUGUUUCCGAGAUCUCCGACGAGUUCAAGGUGGUGGUGGUGCAGGCCAUCAGCGCACUGUGUCAGAAGUAUCCCAGGAAGCACAGCGUCAUGAUGAACUUCCUGUCCAACAUGCUCAGAGAUGACGGCGGGUUCGAUUACAAGCGUGCCAUCGUGGAUUGCAUCAUCAGCAUCAUCGAGGAGAACCCCGAGAGCAAGGAGACGGGCCUGGCCCACCUGUGCGAGUUCAUCGAGGACUGCGAGCACACGGUGCUGGCCACCAAGAUCCUGCACCUGCUGGGCAAAGAGGGCCCGCGCACGCCGCAGCCCUCCAAGUACAUCCGCUUCAUCUUCAACCGAGUGGUGCUGGAGAGCGAGGCCGUUCGUGCAGCUGCCGUCAGCGCUUUGGCUAAAUUCGGAGCUCAGAACGACGACCUGCUGCCGAGUGUCCUGGUUCUUAUGCAGAGGUGCAUGAUGGACAGUGAUGAUGAGGUGCGUGACAGAGCUACUUUCUACAUGAACGUGCUCCAGCAGAAGCAGAAGGCUCUGAAUGCUGCCUACAUCUUCAACGGUUUGUCCGUCUCCAUCCCCGGCCUGGAGAAGUCCCUCCACCAGUACACUCUAGAUCCCUCAGAGAAACCUUUCGACAUGAAGUCCGUCCCCCUGGCCACCACUCCAAUCACAGAGCACAAGUCAGACAUCACCCCCAUGUCUGCAUCCAGCAAAAUUGCAGACAAGUUGACCCCAUCGCGCCAGGACAUUUACCAGGAGCAACUGGCGGCCAUCACGGAGUUCCAGGGUCUCGGGCCGCUCUUCAAGUCCUCAGACCAGGUGCAGCUGACGGAGGCGGAGACCGAAUACGUGGUGCGCUGCAUCAAACACACCUUCGCCCGACACAUGGUGUUCCAGUUCGACUGCACGAACACUCUGAACGACCAGCUCUUGCAGAAGGUCCUUGUGCAGAUGGAGCCGUCAGAAUCCUACGAGGUGAUACACUACAUCCCCGCCGCCACGCUCCCCUACAGUCAUCCCGGGUCCACCUACACUCUGGUCCGCCUGCCCGAAGACGACCCCACAGCUGUGUCGUGCACGUUCAGCUGCACUAUGAAGUACCUCGUCAAAGACUGCGACCCCAACACAGGAGAGCCCGACGACGACGGCUACGACGACGAAUACGUGCUGGAGGAUCUGGAGGUGACCGUCGCAGAUCACAUCCAGAAGGUGUUGAAACCAAACUUCGGAGCGGCGUGGGAUGAAGUGGGAGACGAAUUUGAAAAGGAGGAGACGUUUGCCCUCGCGUCUGUACGAACUCUAGACGAGGCGGUGGGUAACAUCAUCAGCUUCCUGGGAAUGCAGCCGUGUGAGCGCUCGGACAAAGUUCCCGAAAACAAGAAUUCGCACGUCCUCUUCCUGGCUGGUGUGUUCCGUGGAGGUCACGACGUGCUGGUUCGCGCCCGCCUCGCUCUGGCCGACGGCGUCACCAUGCAGGUGACGGUCCGCAGCGGGGAAGAGACGGUCGUGGACGUCAUCCUGGCGUCCGUGGGCUGAAGCGCUCGCGGCGCAGCUUUUGUGCCAACCGCUACCGUAAUGUCAUGUCUGCACGGCGAACCCUCUGAACCGUCACUUUUUUUUUUCACAGCUCUAAAAUUAAAUAUAUAUAAUGUUGUAAUUACUACGCCGACACCAUCCAACCAGAAAAAUGUCAUUAAUGUUUUAUUAAAUCUAGUGCGUGAACGUAGGUGUUUCCUCUUCUUGACUUUAUACUUUCUGCUGCUCCUGGAUCUGUCAAAUCUUCAAUAAAGGUCAAAACAGGAUUUUGACGCCUUACUAUA